UCAAGAUAAUGUAUGUAUAUUCCAGCUAGUCCAUUCUUAACUUGUAAUAUUAUAAACCCAGUCUCCCCAAGUAUACCCCCCCAUCCACAGAAAAAUUCAACACCAAAAAAAAAUGGCGAAAAUCCCCACAAUCUCCCAAUGCGACCCCAAGGGCCGUGAGGACCAAACCGUAAUAUCCGAUCUGGACGGCACACUCCUCAUCGGCCGCAGCUCAUUCGGAUACUUUGCCCUCGUCGCCUUCGAUUUGGGCGGCAUUUUACGUCUCCUUUUCCUUCUACUCCUCUCACCCCUCGCGGCCUUCCUCUACCACUUUGUAUCAGAGGCCGCUGGUAUCCGUGUCCUCACCUUUGCAGCCUUCGCUGGCGCCAAGCUGUCCGCCAUCAAGUCAGCAGCCAGCGCCGUGCUGCCCAAAUUCUACUCGGAGGACUUGCACCCGGACACGUGGCGCGUGUUCUCAUCGUGCGGGAAGAAGUGUGUUGUCACGGCCAAUCCAAGGAUAAUGGUGGAGCCCUUCCUCAAGAACUAUCUCGGGGUUGAUGUGGUGCUGGGCACGGAAGUGUCCACGUGGAGGGGUUAUGCUACGGGGCUUGUGGCGGGGCCCGGAGUGCUCGUCGGGAAGAACAAGGCUUUGGCCGUGAGGAGGGUGUUCGGGAGCUGUGAGCAUGUCCCGGACGUGGGGAUCGGAGACCGGAAAACAGAUUUCCCUUUCAUGAAGCUGUGCAAGGAAAGAUACAUAGUCCCACCAAGGCCAAGGGUACAACCCGUUCAGCCCGAAUCCCUCCCGAAGCCCGUGAUCUUCCACGACGGCCGUCUCGUCCAGAAACCGACCCCACUCCUCGCGCUCCUCAUCGUCCUCUGGUUCCCGAUCGGCCUUCUCCUUUCCAUCACCCGCGUCUUCAUCGGCUCCUUCUGCCCCCUCACCUGGUUCAAAUCCGUCUCGGCUCUCCUCGGCUCCACCACGGCCGUCAAAGGCACUCCUCCAAAACUCGGGCCCACCAGCGGUAGGAAAAAGGGGGUAGUGUUCGUGUGCUCCCACCGCACGGUCUUGGACGCCAUCUACGUGUCGGCCGCCCUAGGCCGCAUGACUACUACAAUCUCCUACUCGGUUCCGGGCUUCACCGAGUUCCUCUCCCCCAUCAAGACGGCCCGUCUCACGCGGGACCGGGCCCUCGACGCCCGUCUCAUCGAGACCAUCCUCCGAGAAGGGCGGGACCUUGUGAUGUGCCCGGAGGGGACCACGUGCCGCGAGCCGUAUCUCCUCCGGUUCUCGUCGCUCUUUGCGGAGCUCACGGACGAGAUCGUGCCCGUGGCCAUAAGGGUGAGGACGAGCCUUUUCCACGGGACCACGGCACGAGGGUACAAGUGGCUCGAUCCUUUCUUCUUCUUCAUGAACCCGGUGCCUAAGUAUGAGGUGACGUUCCUGGAGAAGCUGCCACCGGAGGAGACGUGCGUGGCCGGGAAGUCGAGCUACGAGGUGGCGAACCAUGUCCAGCAAAAGAUUGCCAAGAAUUUGAACUACAAAUGCACCAAGCUUACGAGGAAGGAUAAGUAUAGGGCACUGGCGGGGACUGACGGGAUCGUGGGACAGACGCCGCCGAAACCGACAGCCAAGGUUGCAGGGUGAGCAUUGGGAUUUGAGAUGGUCGUUUAUGUGCAAUGCAUUUGCGUUUUUUCAGCUUUUAUCAGUUCAUUAUAUCCUAAGAGACAUGAUCAAGUUAGUGGCUUUGUUGUUAAAUGUGGAGAAAUCCACUUUUAGAAACAAUUAUCAGCAUAAAAUGAAUUUUCAAAUUAAAA